AUGAUGAUCUCUGUGACCCAGAUUUUAGCAAAAUGCUUGUGUGUAUUGUAUCAUGCUGUUGGCCCAAGUUCUGCAUUUCCGACCUUGGAUGAUUUAAAUGAAACUGAAGUUGCUCCCCCUGAGCCAAGGACGAAAGUACAGAUCGUAUCUCAACAGCUGGUGACCUUUUUCAACCCAGUGACGUGUCGACCCAAAACAAAUCAGGCAGUGGUGCCUUGCCAAGCUGGGGAAAAGAGCAACAAGUCGUUGUGUCUGGAACACAAGUGCUGCUUCUCGUCUAAAAAGCAUGUUCAGCUGGACUGCUACACUCCACUCAAAGACCGCCCUCAACAGAUCCUGCGGAUGCUUGGUGCCGGGAUAGGAGGACUGAUCCUUCUUGCGUGUCUUCCAUGUUGCUGUUUUAUUGUGGAGAGGAGCUCAUGUUUUAAUGCAUUACGAAGAGGCCCCAAAGGAGAUGAUUCUGAAGAAGACAGUGGUGAUGAGAGUGAUGAAAGCAGUGAUAGCCAUUCUUCAUCAUCCGUCCAAGAUGAUGUUGAGAAACAAACGAGCAAGAAGGAAAAGGGCAAAUAA